GUUUAUCAAAACAGAGCAACAAUAAAAAUUAGAAGAUGAUAUUCCUGGAUGAAAGUAAAAGAGGCCCAGAGGUGACCAUCGAAUAAAAAGUUUGUCAAAAUAGACAAAAAACGGAGAGAGGAAAAUACGCGGAUUUCAAUUUACAACCCGAAGCUUCGCGGUGUGUUUAUAUUUGAAAUUACCAUACGAAGUUUGUGCAAGCGUGGUAUACCAAUCCUCGUCGUCUUUUGGGGCUUCUUUCUGCGGUUAAAGAUGUUACAUUUGGAGCUAAUGCUUGGUCAAAGCCAACCAUAAAUAAACCACGUUAUCUGUAUCUUAUCAGGGGAGCCACGAGGCAAAAGGAAACAUGAUAAUGCGGCAAGGCGAAAGUAAAUGAAAUAUGUCCGAGGAAACGGAGGAAAAUCUACAAGCUCUUAGGAAACGGGAUCGCAUAAUUAUUAAUUGCGGUGGGGUCCGCCAUGAAACAUACAGGAGUACUCUUCGAAACUUUCCGAGCACUCGGCUCGCCUGGUGCACCGAAAACGUUCAAAAUAUUGCCAAUGAUUACGAUCCUGACAAGAACGAAGUUUUUUUCGAUCGCCAUCCAGGAGUAUUCGCAGCCAUAAUAAACUACUACCGUACCGGCAAGUUGCAUAGUCCGCAUGAUGUCUGUGGUCCUUUAUUUGAAGAGGAGCUCGCUUUUUGGGGAAUCGAUGAAAAACAGAUGGAGCCCUGUUGUUGGACGUAUUAUACGCAACAUAGAGAGGCACAGGAGAACUUAAAAUUCUUUGAAGCGGCGGAGAUGUCGGCUGAAGAAGAUUACGACCACGACUCAGAGCUUGGUGAUGUAAUGUCGGAUAGUCAAGUCGAGAAUUUAGGUGGUGAGGAAUCAUGUUGGCAGAAAUAUAAACCAAGGAUUUGGAAAGUAUUGGAACACCAACGAUCGUCUAGAUUGGCAAAAGUAAGUUAAACCAUAAGUAAAACUAGAGAAUGAUGUAUUGUAAAAGUGAACCCCAUUACAGACAGUUAUGAUUUAGUGUUUAACGAUCGGACUCUUUUAGUUCUUCUCUGCCUUAAAAAAAUGGCAUUUGUUUAUGCGUUAAUUCGAGGUAUCGCGUUGUUAAAAGAAAUGGCAUCUCUAGUUUUAAAAAUAAAUGGGGAAGAUUUAGGGAACUUAAGUUGGUUUGGCGUCAUGAUUUCAUACGGCUAUUUGGGAACGAUUGAGAAAAUUAUGUUGUUGAUCGAUAGCCAGGAAGUUAACUGAGGAUACACAGCCUGAGGACUGCGUAAAAGAAGCUCAAAUUCACCAUGAUUCUUAAACAUAUUUUCAGUAAAAAAAUGUCUCGGUCUCUAGUUAUUCUGUUGGUUUUUUCGAAAAAGCUGAAUUGCCAUAAAAUUGGGCAGUUCAAUGGCUCCUAAUAAUUGUCCAUUUUACUAGCGGUAAUAUUUUUUCUGUUUUGUUAUGACUUCACUAAAACAUCUGUUCGUCAUUCGCUUUUAUAAUUUUAUAAACGUAUCGCUGUUGAUCUUGAGUUACCUUUAAAUAUUUUUUUUAAAAUCUGCAUACCCAAAGCUUACACCAAGAGCUUAAACAUUUAUGUUUAAAUUAAUGUCUUAAAAACUGUACACGCACUUUAAAAUAACUUAGAAGUUGAGGGAGAGAUCCACUGCGGCUUAAAUGUGAUAUGUUCAGUCUUCGCUGUUUUGUUUUGGCCGGUGAUAGUCUGUACGGCUGUACAUAUGUUUUUUUUUUGCUUUUAUGAACAUAAAUGUGCACGAAAAGUAUAACUAAUGUCAAUUCAAAUGAUUCAAUUGUUACAACAAACAAGAGGUAUAAUUCAACUUAACAGAUUGUGUUUUUUUUGUUGCUGUACUCAAAGUGCUCUUUCUGAACUGAGAUUGAUUCUUACCCUUAUAGCCUUGCUCAAAACCAAUUAAGUGCAACUCGCAUUGAGCUUAUUUUCUAUCAGAGGCCAAAAAAAUUAAAGAAAUUAAUUUUUCAUCGCGAAAAGAUAAAUAGUUUAAAAAGGGCGGUCUUCAUGACUACCUCUGAUUCUUACAGACACGGCUCACGGAUACUAAGGUUUAUGAGAUAAGGCGUUAUUGCAUGUUCAUGCGAUACCACAUUUAUAUUUGUCUAAAUUUAAUUCGAAGAAAGGAGUUUGGAAAUGACGUGCACGUAACUUCUUUGAGAAAUGAAUACAAACAUGAAAAGGUCAUACAGAGAUUUUUAUGGAGACAAUUUUCACCUUAUGGUGUUCAAAUGGAAUAAUUGUGCAUUAAAUGAAAUCAAUUUAAAUUGCGGUGUAUCAAGUGGUCAAUAAAAGCAGCCUUUUUGACCAAAAAUGUAUUAGUUUCAUUGCUAAAAGCAACAGCUCUAGUCAAAAUAGCAACAAAAUACACGUGAAUGACAUUACAACGAUUUUCGAAUAAACUGAAUAAAUUUUGCUCUGUUAUUUUAGCAACGCUCAAUUUUACACUCUUUUUGAAAAAAAAGAUAUCUGUUCAUUCGAGUAACGUUGAAGGAAGUGUCACCCAAGUUAAGUGAGGGCAAAUUUAACGUUCUCUUCAUGUGAAGUGCUUUAGCUCGACAGGGUCGAUUUUCGCGAUAAUAAUUCGCCACAGUCUUGUAAAAUGUUCAUAUGGUUAUAGUAGCAAAUGCCUUGUAGGAUGGGAUUAAAAAGCCGUCGCAUGGCAACACAGAAACUCGUCUGAAAAUCUGUAAAAGAGUGGUGUAAAAAAAAAAAAUUUCCAUAGUGUUUGGACGAUUGACGGUACCAUAUAAAUUGUAUAUGGGUUAGUAAUGAACAGAACAGGAACUAGGGUUGCUGCUGAACUUUUUUUUUAGUUAUUUUUCUCCUCGCUUUCUGACAACUCUUUUAAAUCGCCAUUGUCAUCUAUCAACUCAUUAAUAACAAUGUGAACAAUGAAAACAACUUCUUUUUCCUUUAAAUCCCACCGCUGUUGGUACUUCCUGAUACAUUUUUCAAUACGUGUAAAAUUCUACAUCGUCAUGCUCGCCACAGACACCUGUGCAAAUCUACAGGAAGCAUCGAACUUCGAAAUGGAAACCAAACGUAUCGACCACGUUAAACACUUUUAAAAUGACUUGUCUCGAGGGAAACAAAAUUUACUGUUUCCCGAGGGACCAGUCUUUAAGUGAUUUGUUAUUUAGCGGGAAAUUUUGAGGCUAGAAAUUCAUUAAACCUCGCUGUAAUGGCCGUCGUCGGUCAACAUUCGCGGGUAACAGUGUACUGUUACCCUCUGACGUCAUAAAUUUUGCAAUGUUGCCGGCUCAGAGAUUUUGGCGGGAAACAGUUUGUUUGUUAGAUGUCAUGUGACCUCGAAGUAAUGGCCAUCGAGGAAGCGCGCUGUUGGAAAAAAAUAUCCAGCUAUAUAACAAUACAUAUUAUUUCUCGAUAUAACUGGCUCACUUAGUCCUGCCUCCUAUUCAAUGCUUGCCUAUAAAAACAUUUUCCAUUCUUUCAGCAUCGAGCUGGUGGAAAAAGGCACAAGUGCACCGCUCACAGUCGAUGAGUUCAAUAGAUCCUUGCCUUCGUAUUCCAGCAAACCUUUCCUUCUGCAUUUUUCAUUUAUCCCCUGUUUUUCUCUCUCGUUUCCCUGCCUUUAUGGGUCAGCACUGUGAUAAGUAACGUUCCUAAUUUGUGUUAGGAUUCCCUAUGAUCGACCUUGACCAUAGCUAUUUUUCCGUCGCAUUGAACCCGGGGGGGGGAGUACUCCCUUAUAUAAGCCAUACAGAGAUGUGACGCCCCAAAGGGUAUAGUUUGUGCGCCGUUUAUUCGGUCUGAAAACGGUAUAGAUUUUGCCCAUUUUGGUCUGGAAUCGGGUAUGAUUUCACUCAAGGAACUUAGGGAGUGAAUUAACGUAUUUGCUGUUUCAAUUCCAACUGAAUCGGAAAGAAUCCUCCCCCGGGGAUGUUGAAUAUCCAUUACAACCAGGUUGUUGGCUCAAGCAGUCUCUGUUAUUCUGGACAACAAGACGAAGCAGGGGCACCCAACGUCAAUUUUCGGAAAAUAUCUGUUCGGAAGACGAUUUGAGUUCUAGAAUUUUCGGAACAUUUGUUGCAAAAUUUCUUGCUUGUCUGCCUCUCCUAGGAUUUUCGAACAUCUAAAAAAUGGUAUAAUUGCCCAUUUUAACCGAUUUUUACCCUAAAAAAGUCACCUAGAAUUUUCGGGAGCCUUUUUUCUGGCUGAAAUUUUCGAAAAGGUAAGUUUUGAUCCCCAUAAUUUUCGGAUCACUAGACUUUCAGCUAGGAAAUCCGAACAGAUGAAAAAUUUUUAGGGGAUAAAAAUAUGCCUAUAUCUACUGUUUAAAUAUCAAAUACGUUUAACAAUACUAUGUUUAAGUGGUUUUGAACUAUAUUCCCGUUGGGUGCCCCUGACGAAGCUAAGCUCCAAAAGAUUUAGCUUUUUUAUUAUAUUCUACUCUUCCUGUCAAGCAGUUAAAGAAGCAUCAUUUGCAAGAGUACAAUUCUGCGUGUUUGAGUUAUUGAGUGGCGCGUUGUUCAUAAACAAAAUCUAAGUGUAUCCUCCAACCUUGGAUCGUUUCUACGAGAAGACUAACUCUCAGUUUUGUCUCUUUUUGCAGUUUACGUUCUUUGUAUCGCUGAUGUUUAUAAUUUUAUCGGUGUUGGCGUAUUGCGUACAAACUAUCGAAGAGGUGAAAAACAAUCCGUCUGCCCGUUUGGCCAUGGUCAUUAUUGAAGGUGUAUGCGGUGUCUGGUUUACAAUCGAGUUCACACUAAGACUUGCAACUUGUCCAAGCAAACAUGAAUUUGUCAAGCAAAUAAUGAAUUGGGUUGACUUUAUCGCUAUUUGGCCAUUUUACAUACGUAUUUUAACAACGGAAGACUACCCACUUGGAGCAACGAGUCUUACGUACGAUAUUCUGGCAAUCUGCAGGCUGUUACGUCUGUUCAGAUUCUUCAAAGUAAAUCUGGGAUUCCAGAUUCUCAAGCAGACAAUGAUAGCAAGCUCUCGCGAGUUAAUGCUGCUGGUUCUUCUGUUGAUUGUUCCUGUGAUUAUCUUUGCCAGCUGCGCGUAUCUCGCGGAAAAGGAUAAAAAUGCCGAAGAAUUUGGGUCCAUACCAGAGUCCUUUUGGUGGGCUAUCAUCACUAUUACCACUGUGGGUUACGGAGACACAGCGCCCCUUACUCCACUUGGGAAGCUCUUUGGUUCUCUGUGUGCGGCACUAUCUAUUAUUAUAACUGCUAUUCCAAUCUCAAUUAUCGGUAACAACUUCUCGUUGUACUAUUCUCACGCGCAGGCGCAAAUGAAACUUCCCAAGAAAUCGAAGAGGCUCAUGGUAGGUGCUGCUAAUACCCUAUUGUUGCAGUCCGCAAGACCAAGUGAAGAUAUGGCCAGUACGGAUUUGGUUGAAGAUAGGCGGGAUUCAGGCAAAACCUUUCCAGUUGCCAAUGGUUCCCUGGGAGGAGAUGCUAAAGUCCAUCCUUAUCGUGGAAGGUAGGUCAACAGGCUUCUUUUUAUCACAAACGUUUUGUGACCACUUCUGUUCGUGUUUAGCAUUCUGUCCCCGGUUGUUAGAACGAUAUUCUGGCGCUAUCCACCAAAUAAAUCACUAUCCAACAGAUAUGGAUUUGGGAAACCAGGUGCGUCAUCCAGUGGAUAGCGCUAAACACCUUUUGAACAACUUGGGCCUGGACUUCACGUGGCCCUAGUGAAAAAUUAAACAUCAUUUGUACUGUUGUCUCCUUUUUCCCAGGGCCCGACGGGCGCGGUCAUCUUUGUACGCUGGAGGUAUGACACCCCGAAUCUCCUACCCAGUGCGUACCCGAAGCAGUGAAGAAAUGAUCGUGGUCAAUAGCCCUCCACUGGACGACAGGAAAAAAAGUCAUACCAGUACUCAGAGUACCACUAUAGAUACCCCUCCUAAGAGUCCUCCUCACUACGGAAACACACUUACAGUGGACCCACCAGAGCUAUCUGAAGCUUUCACAGGCUUUGUAGAACCGCCGGAGAUUAACAGAAGCCAAAGUAUAAUUCACCGGGAAAGUGAUGAGUUUGAAAUGGACGACAUUGACCAGGUGAUUGCUUCUAUAAAACCACGUGAAAGGAAUGAGAAUAUGUCAAAUGGGAGCCCGGGAAGGCCCGGCACUUCAGGAAGACCCGGCACCGCCGGGAGACCGGGUACCCCGGUGAAGAGGACACUUAAAAACUCGGUGAGAUUUGUUAAACCGACAUUAACAGUGACGCUAAAUUCAGAAGAUGCGAAUUUUGUGAACGAGACCUUCGUUGAAGACGAUCAGGACGGAGAGAAUGAACAGGAAGUACAUAACAACAACGAUAAUAACCCAGGACGGAUAAAAUAUCAAAGAAGAUCGGCAGUCCGAAGUCCUGUCCAUUCAGUUUCGUCAAUGACAGAUUUGCGGAGAGAUCGGACGUAGUAUAUAUUCAGGACUUAGUUAAUCAGUGAUUUGGAUAUCUACCCAACAGAGUUUUUAUAUUUUGAAUAACAGCCCAGCUUUCAAUUGUGGGAUCAUUUGAGUUCAGAUUUUUUAGAUUAUUUUUUUAUUCUCGUCUUUUGGUUGACAAAGCCAUCUAGUCACCCAGGAGGUGGAGCUUAAAGGCUCCUGUGAGAGAUUAACGGUGACUAGUCAAGCCAAUCUUUACCCAGAAAGUUCUCUUGCAGCGUGUGAAGAGCCGAGGAAACUGAUGGUGGUUUAAUAAACUGGCCGGACUCUUCUGGCCUGUCUGCUUUUAGUAAAGUUGAACCUCUCCACAACGGCCACCUUGAGGACAAAAGAGAGUGGCAGUUGUAGAGAGGUGGCCGUUGUGGGGUGGUUUAAACAAGAGUCAAAGUAUGGACUGUGUGCUGUGUGCAAAACAAGUGGCCGUUGUAGAGAGGUGGGCGACUUGUGGAGAGGUGGCCGUCAGUGGAGGUUCGAGUGAAUCACAACUCUUGAUAGGUCUGCGACACUUUGCUCAGUCCAAGGCCUCUUGCUCAAAUAUGUUAUGAUGAACACUGUAUUCUCUGUACUGACGCUUCCAAAUUUGUGGAAUGACGUCUUGUCUCACC